AUGCGUUCCAUUACCUUAUCCAAUUAUGCUCACUGCCCUGUUGUUCACCAGGUUUUGAUGCUGACUCUCCAGAAUGACCCACCCGAUAUCGAUACGGUGGCAACGGUAAGCAAUCAAUAUGUCAACUAUGGGCAGAAAUUCCGCAAGUUCACCCGCGCGUGUCUCGUAAAGGAUCCUUCACAACGCCUCUGCGCCCGAGAACUUCUUAAUCACCACUAUAUCAAAGCAAAAGCUAAGGGGUGUGUCCUUUUGGCACAUUUACCGUGUCCGCCCGCUAUUUGCCUUGUCCCUCCUCCCUAUCGUGUGACUGUUCCGACUCGGGCCUCCUAUCCGGAUCUGCCUUAUGGGCCCGUAGAUCCGUUUCUUAUCUUUAUAGUUGACCGAUUUCCAGUCCCAGUGUACGUUUUACUCUGUUCGCUAUCUCUCUAUCCUCUAUAG